UAUGAAAUUUUGGAAUGGAUACCUUAUGAUAAAUUGUCAAGUAUUAAUUAUUAUAAUAAAGGAGGAUUCAGUGAAAUUCAUAAAGCUAUCUGGUUAGAUGGACCUAUUUUUAGUUGGAAUUUUGAUAAAAAACAAUGGAAUAGAUGUAAUUUUCAAACAGGUUAUGAGGUUAUUCUUAAAACACUUAAUAGUUCAUCAGGUUCAGAUGAUAAAUUUCUGAAUGAGUGUAAGUAUCAUUAUAAUUGUCAGAAAAAUUCAUUUUCAAAAUUUAUUCAGUUCUUUGGAAUAACCCAAGAUCCAAAUAAUUUAAAUUAUAUAAUAGUAAUGAGUUAUGCAAAAAAAGGAAAUUUGAGAAAAU